AUGGGGAUGUCCCAAGCUAAUAUAGGAGGUCUAAAAGAAGCUCUUUAUGCUCAACAACAUCUUCUGCAAAAACUUUACAACGAAAUGGAUGUGAAAAGAGAAGCUUCAGCCACUACAGCUAGUGAAGCUCUGUCCAUGAUAUUACGUCUACAAGGAGAAAAGGCUGCGGUUAAGUUGGAGGCAGAGCAGUAUAAGAGAUUGGGCAAGGAAAAGAUGUGUCACGUAGAGGAAUCGUUGGCAAUUUUCAAAGACCAUAUCUAUCAGAAUGAAAUGGAGAUUGUUUUUCUAGAUUACCAAGUUCAGGCUUAUUGGUACAAACUUUUGAGCAUGGGUUGCAGUGAUCCAGGAGUUGGAGAAGUUUUGUGCCCCCAAUUCCUCUUAAAUACUCAUAUCAAAAGAAGUGUGAUUGAAAGAGAAAGAUCUAUAAGUCCAGAAACAGAUUUUGUUGAAAAGAAAGCGGAAGAACAGACAAGACAAGAAAUAAAUGGUCAGACUUUGGAUUUAGAGAAGAAGCCUAAGAAUUUUGUUGUUGGAGACAUCAAUUUGUACUGGGAACAGAUCAAAAAUUUAGAUGAAAAAGUGAAAGAGAUAGCAAGAGUUAACUAUGCGAGUUCUAAGAAUGGUUUGAGAUCUUCUUCAAUAUGUUCACAAGUGAACAUUGGAAUGGCAUAUGAUGCAACGAAAGAAGUUAUAAGAAGCGAGUUAGAUUAG